CCGCCUCGUAACAAACAAACCACCUUUACUCUCCUUGACACCCUCCCCCCUCUUACAACAAAGCUCUGCCUCCCUUCUGUAGAACAAACUCCCGCUUUUAGCCAUGGCUUCCUCCAUCGAGGGAACUGCUCAGAUACAACCAAGCAAGGCUCUAGGAUUUCUUGUUCUUGGUUCUUCUGUAUACGAUGUUCUUAGUCGUCUCCGUGCUCAACACCGCAUAUUUCCCUCCAUCUCGGUAAUCUAUGACUCUGCUGCACCGUUAGCUUCUCCGAUCGUACUCAUGCUUGAUUCCAACGGUCUACGUCUUCGUUUCGAUGGGCCAGACCAACGCCUCCGGCUCAUCGAAGUGCUAGACUUUCAGAAAUCCAGAUUGUCCUAUAAUAGCGGUGAACUGACCAGGCCUGGAAUAGGGGCGGGGGGUCCUACUUUUCGGAGCAUUUACAAUAAGCUUUUUGGACCCACAUAUCCAGGAGAAUACAUGGAGGGCGAGGGUGUUUAUGUGCUAUCGUAUCCUGGAGUUGCGUUCUCAUUCCCAAUCGGUAGGGAAGCCUGGAAGGAAGGUGCGGAUUUCGUAUCUGUGCUCUCCUCACCAGACGCCCAGCCUGCCAGCAGUAUGGCUAUUUUUGCUGGUUCGUCCUGGCUAGAGGCACGAACUGGCUUAUUCACCCGACCGGUACAGAACCCAAGAUCACCUCUUGUGAGUGGAGCCAGUGCUAGGUUGUCUUCUGCGAAUGAUGAAGUGGAGUUUAUCAAGUUUCGUGAUGAAAAUAAGGUGGAAAUAACUCGCCGGCAUAACCAACCGUUUUGGAUUACAUUGCACUCGACCACCCCUCAAGACCUUAUCACAGAGCUAGGUCCUCCAAGCGCAAUAUACCGGAAGCACGAUCACAGGCUAUCCAUUCACAGAACUAGAUCACUAUCCGGGGGCGUAAGUGGAAGAGGCCACCAAGAUGAUACGGAUGAUACGGAGCCAGAAGACGCUCAAUCUGACGACGAGGAAGAUGUGUCCGAUGUCUCCGCGACAUCAAACAGCGAUUACUUCUACAACUACUUCCACCACGGAAUGGAUAUAUUCAUAUCUGCAACCCGCUCAUCUUCGCACCCAGUAGCUACCAAAAUCAUCAUCCACGGAAACGUACCCGGGAGUUUCGAGUUUCAAGGAUACCGACGAGCCCGUUGGAGCAUAGAGCUCGCGGCAAGCUCCAAGAUGGCAAAGGAGCUACGGCUGCACAGUGAGAUGGGAUUCGAUGAGGCGCUGCCCCUAUUGCGCGAAAAAUUCGGAGAAGGGCAGAGACCUAUGCCCUUGAACCGGGGGAGUGAUUCGCCGAGUAGUAGUUGUGAACUAUUGGGUGGAUGGGAAGAUAAUGAAAGCGCAGCUGAUAAGGUUGAUGUCAAGGGUGGACCUGGUGGAAGUGAAAGCACAUUUGGUAAUACAGAACUAUACGGGUUUCCUGGAUUCAUAUUUGAAGUCCUGAGGAAUAAAGCGAUAUCAUCUCUGACGGUAUUCUAAGCAAGUUGUGAUUGCCUUGUGUCGAGCGCGGUCAUUGCCGGGGGUUGCUAGCCCUGUGAGAUGUUUAUUUCUAAUCUAUAUCCUGACCCCCCCCCCACGCAUUCAUUAUUUUCUCCUGUUUUAACCGUUGUAUUAUUUUCUGCUUUUUGGUCAUUGGCGCAAGGAUGGGGCAUUCUGAUUUUUAUCCUUUUAUCCGACCGAGGGCCCGACAGAUUGUGUAAUGCGUUUUACGAUGUGAGA